UGUACACCUUCCUCCCAUCGCUAUCAGCCGAAUUUCCAAACAUCUAAAAGCUCAACAUCAGUCCUUGUGUGGAUGAGUCUGUCAUGACGAUCCUCCACACCAAGACGAUCGGAGCGAUUCUCGUAAUUCUCUCUUGCUGUAGCACUUCCCAGGCCUCCAAAUUAGAGGGUCCGAUUACGGAUAGCGUCGAAGCAGCCAAACAGCUAGCGAACUCCCAUCAAGUUGGAUUAGGUGACUCGGAUAUCGCUCAUAACACCCUCGGCCUACCGACUGAUCCACUGAUAUCAAAGACCAAUCCAUCGAGGUCCCAGAGCCUACCACUGAAUGGGCAGAAAAACUCAUCCCCAGACCCGUCAGAACUUGGCUGGGCUGGCAGUCACUUACAGCCACUCGACCUGGGCACUCCGCCCGAAUCCCCCUCUCCUAAAAAGCAUCGGAAAAGUCGCGGGCGAAGCAGGAGUGCUGGUACGAUAAUUGAUCGUGCUUCGCGCCGACGCGGCUCGUUCAAACCGGGACUUCCCUCGAUGGAAGAAGUAGAUGAAGAUGGUAAAGGACAUGAAGCUUCCCGGACAGAUUCCCCCGUUCGCGGUCCAGCGAAUAGCGAAACGGAUAAAGCGAACCCUGCCUAUCAAGAUCUUACGGCGUUGAAUGAAGUGCCCGCCAAAGGUGCUGCUUUGAUGCAUAAAAGCUCUUCAAUGCCCGAAGUUGGUCUCCUUGCUGAAAUUGAGCCAAAGCCGAAGCAGAGACCCCUACUGCAUCUGUCACUGAAAAACGCAGAUGAUAAAACGAGGGCCGCGAUGAAGCCUACGUUGCCAUCCCACGAGGAGAAUCAAUAUUCAUCGGGGUUGAGUUUGGAACAAAGUACUCAAGGUAAAAGUCUGCCCACAGGGUCAAGCAUCCAAAGUCACAAGGAGGUAGACUUGAUGCACACACCCAACGCCUCAUCUGGCCGGGACCACUCUCUACGAGUUGAAGAUGGCAAGACAGCAAUGGCGACUCCAAGCAGUGGUAAUCCCCGCCCUUCCGAGCAGCCUCCUGCGGUCCUCAACCCACAAGAUCCAGAAACAAAGGAUGGGCUUCACCAGUCCGAAGUAUCGAGGCAACUCUCUUCCUCUGUUCCACCUGCUAAACCUGCCGAGAAACCACUGGCAGCUCCAGGCAGCCAAAUUUUUACAAGUGGCGGACAAUCAGAUCCAGAAGCAAAGCAUGAUACAUUGCCGGCACACCAAGCGGAAAGCCCUCAUACUGCAGAAAGUCCUCACACAGUUCCGACAGAGCACCUCAAACUGACUCCCAAAAUCACAGCGGACGUCGAUCUUCCGGAUGUCAUUCGCAAAACAAGCCCUCUCAUGUCUGCGGAAGCUGAAGCUCAUCAUGGACCCCGGACUUUAGCUGAACCAAGCUCGGUGGCUGUGGCGCCAGCAUCUGAUCCCUUCCACUCCGACGAGAGCCACUCCGUAGAAAGUGGUCGAGAUGGCAGCCUCAACCCCGAAACUGCCUCCUCAGACCCUUCCAAACCCAAUUCACCUGAGCCUCUCACGGGACAAGGUGAUCAUUCACCACAUCCGGCUUCGGUCGGAACGGAGCUCUCAAACAAUCUUAACACGCCCGAGAAGCUUAGGGUUGAGAUCCCUGACCGAUCACCGCCUCGGCCGGCGGCAACGACGGAACUCCCAAAUCAUGAUUCGCAGCCGCCUGAGCACCCAGAGCUCCCGGACUGGGGGUUGGUCUUGGACAGCGAUUCUGACGAUGAAUACCUCCCUUCGUCAACUCCAAGUAGUCCCCGGUCACCCACGUCUCCAGGCCCCUUUGAAUCCCAAAAUGAUGGGACAAAGCACCACUCUUUCGGACUCAACGUAGCUGAGGCCCUGGCAAAACAACAUGAUCAUCCACCGGCUCCGCCCAUCACAACAGCCGAGGUCUCCAAGCAGCAUUCUCAUCCGCCCGAGCUCAUGGAGCUCCCUGACUGGGGGUUUAUGCUUGACAGCGAUUCUGACACUGAAGAUUUCCAUGGGUCCAUUGUAAAUAGUCCGCGAUCUCCAACUUCUCCAGGUCACUCUGAAUCCGAAAACGAUAUCAGAAAGCAGAACCCUUUCGGGCCCAAUCCAGCUGAGCCUCUUACAAAACAACAUGACUAUUCACCAGCUCCGCCCAUGGCAACAGCGGAGGCUCCAAAUCAACCUCCUCACUCGCCCGGGCAGCUCAAAUUGGAAAUCCCAAGCUGGAGUGGCUACGAUUCUGACUCUGAAUAUCACAUUCCUGUGACCAAUCCAACGACUCCGCAAACCCCAACGUCCCCGGGCAGCUUCGAAUCCAAAGAUGAGAUCACCAAUCACAACCCAUCCAGCCCCAAUUCACCUGACUAUCCCACUAGACCAUCUGAUCCCUCAUUGCAUCUACCCGUGGCAACAGCGGAGAUCUCAAAUGAGCAUUCUCAUUCGCCCGAGAAGCUUAAAGUGGGCAUUCCUAGCAGGAGCAUGAGUCUGGACUCCGAUUCCGACUUUGAAUAUCACCUCCCUGGGCCGAAGCCAAUGAGUCCCCGGACUCCAACCUCGCCCGACAGCUUUGAGUUUGAAGACGAUCCCUCAAAAAGCAAAAUACCCCCCGUUCCUAGCGCACUUCAUAUCCUUGAGUGGUUGGAACAUAAGCUACCACACAUUCAAACAACAGAAAAUGAGUACAAGAAGAUUUUGUCCAUCGAUGAUCCAAUCCUAAAAUCGAACCCAGUUUCGCCUCAGAAAAUUUCCGUCGAAGAGCCUGCGCAGAUGGCUGAAGAUCAGCGCGUGCAUUCCGCAACAGUUCCCCCAAAACAACUGGACAACGCCAUCACUUCCACUCAUCAGCCAGAGCCAGUUGCACCAAAACAACCCGAAAAAGUAUCAGAUACUAUCAACGAGCUAGAGUCAGGCCAUAUCACACAACAUGAAAAAGUCUCACCAUCUACGAAACAUCUAGAUUCAGAUACAAAAAAGAGCCCCCAAUUGAAUCAUCGCUUCAGUCUUUUUAAUAUGAUGUCUCGGGCUUCAGGGCAGCUCAAAAAACGAUGGUACUUUUUCACAAACCUGCUGGAUAAGCUCAGUGGACGAAAGUCUCGCAUACACGCCGAGCCUCCUUCACAAGCGGAUCUGCAUUCACCCUUUGAAAGGUCACACUCCUCACAUUCUUUGACGGUUCAGAACACACCCUUGCCAAGUUAUCCUGAAGCCAUCCAUACAAUAGAUAACGAUAAACAAUGGUCGAAAAAGGUGUGGGGAGUCCUAGAGAAGACGCCGUCUGGUGCUCCUACAAGCUCUAAAUCGUUUACGCCACCGAUGGAAGCUGUAGGAGGGUCGAGUCGCUUGAUGCGAGGGUAUGUUCCCAAUGAAAUUGAAGAGAUGAGAUGGCGAAAGAGACCCAAAACUUCAUCGAAGCUCUUGCCCAUCAGACGGCCAAAUCCUCAUCCACGGGUCCGGCCAAGGAGCAAAUACUUUGGAACAUUCCGAUUCUCGCAGUUGUUCGAUAGAAAGACCCAGCAACAGUUCGCUCGAAUCCCUCCUCGGAUUCGCUCCUUGGCCCGAAACAUCCAUCGCAUAUUUAGUCAAUCUAAGCGACUGCUCACUAAGCUCUAUCGGUUCCUUAGAAACCCCUUCCCCUCUUCUUCUCCUAACUCCCAGCUGUAG